GUACAAAAUACAACUUAAAAAUUCCAAUCAAUGGUUGUAUUUAUUUUCGUGAUUGCGGUUUUAUAAAAACUUAAAACGUUAGUCUUUCUUUAAAAGUUAACAUAUUUCAUUGGCUUGAUGAGUUAAUAUUGAUAAUUAUGGCUAAAGAAAGCGACGUGUCGCUUUUUAACGAUGUGUUAGAGCCGUUUCGGCGCGUUAUUAACACCGAUCCCCCAAAAGAUAGGUUGUCGGUUUCGGCUAAGUUAAAUUUCUCAGAAAGUAAUAACCAAUCUAUAAAAGAAGGUAUAACUAACCUAUCCAAUUUGGGAAAACGCAAAAUUAGUUGUGGUGAAAUAGCAGAGACACCUGGUAAGAGAACGAGAUCAGAUUCAACUAGUAGCGUGCCUCCUUCGCCUUGGGAAGCAAAAAGAUUAAAAAUUGACCUAAUUGGUGCCAAGGCGCAAAUAAUAAAAUUAGAAGCUCGCAUCAAUCAUCAACAUGCUAUUCGUAAAGAAAUGCAAAUCUUAUUUGAAGAAGAAAAGGCCUGCCUAUUAGAGCAACACAAGAGAGAUGAGAGAACCAUUUCGGACUUGGAUGACAGACUGCAGAUAGUUAGGAAAAGAGAGCAGGAUUUACGUGAAGAGUUUACGGAGUCUAUGAAAGAAUUCAAAGACACUAAAGCAAAAUGGGAGAAAGAUAGAAUGGAGCUCCAAAAGCAAGUUGCUGAGUUAAAAGACCAAUUAUUACAAGCUAAUGUCAGUUGCAAAGAUCAAGUAUCAGAAAUGCAAAAGGAUAUGAAUGAACUAUUAGCGGCUUUAGAAGAUGCACAAGAAGAAAGCCAGCUUUUAAAAGGGGAAGUUGAAAAACUUAAAACUAAAGCAGAUCAAUGUACAAGUCUCCGAGCACAACUCGAGAAGCAAACAUUUGAAUUACAACAGGCCACUAACAAGUUGAAGGAAAUUGAAUAUGAGAGGGACUCGUAUAAAGAUUGGCAACAACAAGCUAAGACGGCUCAAAAACGUCUAUCAAAUAUGGCUGAGUUGGAGAAGGAGGUAGGCAGGCUCCGAGCAGCGGAACGCACGCUACGUGAUGCGGUGUGCAAUAAACUGUUGUUGGAGGAACACGUACAUAUUCUUAGUAGUAAGGUUGACACUCUUCAACCAAUGCAACAGGAAUUGCAUGAGGCUAAGGUAAAGAUAUCUACCUUAGAAUCCUCAUUGGAGGAAUGGCGUAGCGCUGCAAGAGGCCACGGCGUGGAAUCCGCAAGGGCGCUGUCUUCUGCACUCGAUAAUGCCCUGAGUGGUCAACUGACUGCUGUAGCUGGUGCCACCCAGGCUGAAUCGCAGAUGGUACAACUAACCGAGGAGUUGGCAACAGUUAAGUUUGAACGUGACAAGGCGACAACCAAGUUGAAUGAUCUACAAAACGUAAAGAAAAAUCAGGAGAGUCUCAUUCAUAGACUACAGAAGAGACUUCUUAUUGUUACCCGAGAAAGGGAUAGUUAUAGACAGCAGCUUGACAGCUACGAAAAGGAAUUGACAGUGACAUUGAGUGGUGACGUGGGGGCUGGUAGUGCUGCCUUACUCUCGGCAAGGGUGGAACAGCUUGAGAGAUCAUUGCAGAGCUAUAGGGAUCUUCUUGCCACUCACGAUCAAGAGUCACAAACGAAAGCGUUGGAGACCGCCAGAGCGGAAGCAAGCAAAUACCGAGAGGAAGCUGAAAUGGCAAAGCGUGAAGCGAGCAAACUGCGUGCACAAAGAGAUCAAUUGCAUGCGCAUCUUGACAAACUCGCUGCACCGACUAAGGUGCUACACAUGGCAGACAAUCCGGCGGCGAUGGCUCAGAAACAAAUGCAAUCGGACCUUGUAUCCGCUCAAGAAGAGAUUAAAAAUUUGAAGACCGCCCUGCGUGAGGGCAGUCGUGCCUGUCCGGAAGAGGUGCAAGAAUUAAAAAAAACCCUUGAAAAUAGCAGGAUUAAACUGCAAAGGAUGAAAGAGGAGUUCACUGCAUCAGCGCAAGAGUACAGAGAUGUCUGUUACAUGCUGCUAGGAUACAAGAUUGAUAGGACUGGACAUAAAAAUUACAGAAUAUCAAAUAUGUACGCGGACUCGGCUGAGGAGUACCUCACCUUCACCCUCUGUGAGGACGGCAUAGAGAUGGUGCAUACUGACUAUUCGACAUCUCUAGGCGAGUUAGUAGAAUUGCAUUUACACCAACAUCGCUCCAUUCCAGUAUUCCUUAGCGCAUUGACAAUGGAUUUGUUUACGAGAACUACUAUGCAGCAGGAAAUUGUAUAGAUUAGUUUUAAAAGCUGUUAUGCUGUUAAGCUGACUAUGGUUUUACUAUUCUGUUACUCUCAAUAGCGACUACUGUGUACCACGUGAUGCCAAGUUUAAGAUAUGUUCUGUUUAAGUUCUUCGACGUUCCACGACUGAGCGUUAUUUAAGGCAGUUUUUUCGCGCGCCGCUAAUAUUAGAACCAAUUUGUUGAGUUGAGACAAAGUCAUUUAUUGACAGACGUGACCCAGUAAUGCAAAUCGUGAGCUAAUGUCAUUUCCAUACAAUUUAAUGUGACAUUAAUGGGUCACGCCCGUCUAAAACUAAUUUUGUCUUAAUCAAGUUUUGGUUAAUGCAAUGUCAGUUUUGACAGCUCGUGUUGAUGUUUCAACUUUGAUUUCGCGCCACCAAAGAAGUCCCUUAGUUCUCUUGAAUAAAGUGUUUAAAAUUCCCCCUAAAUAAGUGUUCUCCCUAAAACCCCUGGACACCUUGAUGUUGUCUAAAUUUGGUGGGAAAAUCCCUAAGUUGGCCACGCAGAAUAACUUAACCAACUUACCAAAUUUAGUAAAUUUUUACAACGCGAGACUUUGGUGUCGCGCAUUCUAGUUUACUACGCAAAUGAUUUUGAAUGUUUUGGUAUAAUAUAUUGCUAAAGGUCUUAGUUUAAGAGAAAUGUUAGUUAAUAAUGUUUGCAUUUCCAUAUUUGUGAAUGUAAUAAAAUGAAAUGUUCUUCCAUAAUUCCCGAAUACACAAAAGCCAAUAACAAUUUGACAAUAUUACAUAUUCAAAAAAAAAUAUAAAUCUAAUUGCAUUUUUUUUCUUUUCCUCACAGCAUAAAUAUAAUUUAAUAGAAAGAGGCAAAUGCACUUUUGUCUCUUUCUAUCAAUUAAGUUGAUACGAUCCAAUUAGCUUGAUAUCAAUAAAAUAUAUGUAUAGCAUUCUUUACACUGUCACCAUUUGAGCAGACUAUGUGAUUGGAUUUUCUGUAUUAAGACAUUUUUUAUUGACAUAACUAUUAAAUUAUUUGUAAGUGUAA